UUAAUUUUUGCUGGGGUAAUAUAAAUUAAUAAAAAGUAAAAUGGCUGCUUGUAAAAUGGAGAAUUUAAUGUUGAUUGAAGACAAGAAGUUAUGGCAGAAAUCGCUUGAUGUGUAUAAAGAUAUAGUAGAGUUAAUCAGUGAACAGAAAGUGAGCAAAAGCAAAAGAAAAGUGAAGAAAGAGGACACAUUAUCACACCUUGACAAAUGGUAUCAAGAGGAACUUACGAAGUCUGUUUUAUCGCGUGAUCCUCCUCAUUUUAAUUCAGCCGAGCUAUGCCAAUUAAUGAAAUGGAAAUUGACCAGGGGCAAGUUUAGACCCAGAUUGACAGACCUAGUGAAAGAAAACACAGAGAAGAAUGUCAUGGAUAUUACAACUAAAGCCUUUUCUCUUUUACCUAAUGUCCGCAAAGCAAUUGAGAUGCUAACAAAACUAAAAGCAGUUGGGCCAGCUACUGCAUCAGCAUUGCUGUGUACUGUUGCACCUCAUGUUGCUCCAUUCAUGUCAGAUGAGUCAACACAAUCAGUCCCUGGUAUUGGACCACUUAACUAUUCACUUAAACAAUACUUGGACUAUGCUGAGGCUUUACAGGAAAAAGCAAGAGACUUAGGGAAAUCGUGGGAUGCUCAUAAAGUAGAGCUUGCCUUGUGGUCCCAUCACUUUGCAAUGAAAUUAAAACCCGAGCUACUCCAUACCGAAACAUCAAAAGAGGAGGAAGAGGAGGAAGAAAGGACUGAUGCUCCUGCCUCAAAGAAGCAAAAACUAUCAACUUAACGACCAAAUAAUAUUGCAAUGUAUAUGAUUGACUGUCACUGUGUAUAAUAAUAUGUACUGCGAGCUCAUUAUUAGUCAGAUUAGAUUAUCUCACAGGUCCA